AUGCAACUCCUCCUCGCAAUUGGUGCCUUUGCACUGGCUCCCAUUAUCUUGGCCGCCCCGGUAGCAGACAAAGCUGUCGACAAAAGGCAAUUGACAAACGCCCUCCUUCCCGAGGAUCACUCAAAAUAUGUGGAUAAUCAGAACUCGGGGCCUCUCGGCAAUAUUGGCGCUACCCUCAUGAUUGGAUUCGAUCAUGCCAAAUACACCGUCGACCCUCCCAGUGCCGCCAACGAGUUUCCACCGGAUCAGUUCUCUGAGGGUCGCGAUGCCCAUCGGAAAGCCCAUUUGGCCAUCUAUGAAGCAAGCCAGGGUGGGGGGAGCAAUCAGAACAACCAGGCCAACUGA